GAAAAAAGGAAAAUUAUAUGUUUCAAAAAAAGGCUUUAAAUCUCUCGAUAAAAGGCACUCUCUCAUCUGUAAGACACAUUGAAAAGCCCCCGAUCUAACCCAGAAGAAGAUUUAGCGAGAAAGUCUCGGAUGGAGGAAGAAGAAGAAGAAAUCUCCUGGGAUGUUACAAUCGUGUUCUGGAACUUGGAGGACUACCCAAUCCCUGAGGGUGCGGAUCUCGGUUGUAUUCAUGGUAAUAUCGUAUCAGCUCUUUAUCGAAUGGGCUUCGAUGGGACUAUGGUAAUCCGGGCGUAUGGUGACCCAGGGAACCACGACGUGGAUGCCUUGCGUAAUGCCGGAAUCAUCUACUUCCCAGAAAGUGAACACCUAAACUCAAUCAGGCUGAACGACGACCGAGAAUGGGGUGACAAUUCGGCUGUUUUCAAGAUGCCCCUGGAUAUGAUUAGCUGGGUAACCAUGAGUGGUCGUGAACCACCAAAUCCAAAUUUAGUGGUGAUCGCAAAGCGAAACCCAGAAGCUGAGUGGCACAGGGUUCUUGAGUGUUUGCAAUCGAGAGACCACCCUGUUGUCGCAUUAGAGCCGCCUGAUUUCAAUUGCGUGGAAUCACUAGUUCAAUGUAGACGAGAUUUUGGUGGAAGCAAAAGUCUAGGUGCCCAAUCCAAGUUUUUAGAUUUCUCCGAGCGCGUCGAAGGGGCUAAUUUAGCCGUCUUCUGGGACUUGGAGGAUUGCCCGUUCCCUCAUGGUUCCGAUCCUGACGAGAUUUACGGCAGAAUCGACGAAGCUGUUCGUGCAAGGGGCGUGCACGGUACAGGUGAGAUAUCAGUCUGGGCUUAUGUUGAUGAGAAGAAGUGGUCUUCCUAUGACAAGGCGUGGGGUUCCAGAAUCUACUUUCUUCCCGGAGGGGCCUCGAGGCGUAACAGAAUGUUCAAUGACAUUCUUUUAUGGGCAAUGGACACUCCUCUGAACGGGGUUUACUCAGCAAUUGUGACGCUAGUCUCAAAUCAAUUCGGAGAGGACACCUACUUGUACUAUAGGCUCCGAGGGUUGAGUGACGGCUGUUACGGGGUUCUCUUAGUAACUCCGACUCCGGACUUGAACAAACCAGAUAGCCUUGAAUGGCCAGACUUGCUAAUAGAUGAAGCGUACGUUUUUCCUACCCUCAUCGAAAAGCAAGCGCUUAGAAAGGAUUCGCACCAAAAAACAACACCAGUCCUCUGGAACUUGGAGGACUACCCAAUCCUUAUCCCUGAUCGUGCCCGUCUUCAUUCUAUUUUUUGUAAGAUCCAAAUGGCUCUUGAGAGAAUGAAAUUUCGUGAGAAUACGGAAUUCUGGGGGUAUGGUGAGUUGCAGGAGGCCGGAAUCGCGACUGAGUUCGCUCACUACUUUCCAGAAACUUCGGGAAUGCCUCGGGAUAUGAUUGCUUGCGCAGCAUCGAGUCCUUCAAAAACUUUAGUGGUAAUCGCAAAACAAGGCCCUGAAAAGGAGUGGCACAGGGUUCUUCAGUGUUUGCAGUCGAGAAAUCACACUGUUCUCCUACUAGAGCCGCCUGAUGACACCGCGUUUGAGGAUGUAGAAUCACUAAUUCAAUGUACGCAAGCUUUCGGUGGAGGAAAGCCUACAAGAAAAGCUCCUUCAAGCUUUUAUUGUGAUGCACCAAGUUUUUACUGUGAUGCAUAUUAUGAGGAUUAUUGUGAUGCUGAUGAGGAGCAUCGGCCAAGUUUUUGUUGUGACGUGGAUAAUGAUAAUGCGGAGGAUGCUACACCCCAAUUCCCUCCUCGAACCAUGGGCGAAGAUCUCUCCAAGAUCCGAGAUUUCUCCGGUCCUAUCACUCCCGGGGAUAAUGUGGCCGUAGCUGUCUUCUGGGACGUCGUGGAUCGCCCAUUCCUUCGUCAUUGUUCCGAUCCUGAUGAGAUCUAUCGCAGAAUUGAGGAAGCUCUUGACUUUGGUCGUGAUUCGAUGGCAAUCUGGGUUUAUGUUGAUGAGCAUAACGGGUCUUGGAGUGGUGAGUAUCUGCGUAACAAGACGUGGGAAACAAGAAUCUACUUUCUUCCCGGUGGGGUCUCGAGACGUAAUAGAAUGUUAAAUGACAUUCUUCUAUGGGAUAUGGACUAUUCUGUGGCCCAUCCUUAUCCUUAUCCAGCACAUGUGUUCUUAGUCUCAGAUCAAGUCACAGAGGCUACAAGUUUAUUGAGAGUUGACAUCAUCUGCACUGAAACGCUGCUUUACGGAGCUUGAUUAUGAAGAAGCCAAAGGAAGAGACAAACUCUUAGAGAUAUUCAACUCUGUCUAUUAAUUUUAAUAUUUCUUGUUUUUUAUACCUUCGUUCUUUAGCAUGUGGUUGCUUACUUCUAUUGUUGUUGAUGUUUUUUUUUAUCCUGGAGUUUUCAUUCGAGCAAAGUACUACUGUAGAGUAUGUGUCAAUGUGGG